GUAGCAGUAGAUAGGGGAAGCGCCCCGCUGACAGAGGCACAGGCAAAUGUGAUUACGACGCUAUUAGCCCCGUGUGAGACACGGAUCCAGAUCCAACAUGGGUAAUUAUAUGGCGAGGACUUUGAUAAAAGCGUAGCUCACCCAUUUAGCAACGUGUUCUGAAACAAGCUGCUUUAUCAACCAGCGUAAAAAAAGUCAUGAAGCUGCUCGCCAAUAUUUGUUGGGUUAUCAAAAGACUCCUGUGACAGUCAAAAAGAAUCCUCAAGGGGAAGUAAGGCGAUCUCUCAAAUGGGGUCUGACAACGUGACUAACGAAACUUUGCUUGGAGGCCUUCCGUACAGGAUGGAAAUCUCAAUUCCCCUUACGAUACUCGUGGGGAUUCUUAUCCUCUUGACAGUAUUUGGCAAUGUCCUUGUAAUUAUUGCAGUGUUUACAAGCAGGGGGUUAAAAGCCCCACAAAACUUAUUUUUAGUUUCCUUAGCGUCCGCAGACAUCCUGGUGGCCACACUGGUCAUGCCCUUUUCUCUGGCCAAUGAACUAAUGGGCUAUUGGUACUUUGGUAAAGUUUGGUGUGAAAUUUACCUUGCCCUGGACGUUUUGUUUUGCACUGCAUCUAUUGCCCAUCUAUGCGCCAUCAGCCUGGACCGGUACUGGUCCAUCACUAAAGCCAUCGAGUACAACCUUAAACGAACUCCAAAAAGGAUAAAAUGCAUUAUCGUUAUAGUCUGGGUCAUCGCUGCAGUUAUAUCAUUCCCUCCUUUAAUUACAAUGGAGAAAGAGGGUGCCACGGAGGAGGGUCCAACGUGUGAAAUCAACAAAGACAAAUGGUACAUAAUCUCUUCGAGCAUCGGUUCUUUUUUUGUCCCUUGCAUCAUUAUGAUUCUCGUUUACAUUCGAAUUUAUCAAAUCGCAAAGAAGAGAACGCGGACCCCACCGGGGAAGAGGAAAAAAGUCGAGUCAGACAAGAAACACAUUGGCUUAGAGGAAGAACGACGUUUCCAUGAAAAAAUAAUCGGGGAAAAAGACGGAGAGCAGAAAGAAAGGGUUGAGAAAGGCGAAGUUAAUGGAGUUGAUAUAGAGGAGUCCUCUUCUUCAGACCAUAAAGUAAACACUUCAUGUUCGAUUAAAAAGAAGAAAGCCGAGGGGAAGACCAAACUCAGUCGAAUCAAACCGGGAGAUAGUAUUCCGAAAAGAGAGGACCGUUUGAGUACUAAAGGAAGCAGAUGGAAAGGACGCCAAAACAGGGAAAAACGAUUCACUUUCGUGCUUGCGGUGGUGAUAGGUGUUUUUGUAAUAUGCUGGUUUCCGUUUUUCUUCACUUAUACACUGACCGCCAUAUGCGACUCGUGCAAUGUACCAAUGACACUGUUUAAAUUUUUCUUCUGGUUUGGGUACUGCAACAGCUCCCUUAACCCCAUAAUAUACACAAUAUUCAACAAUGAUUUCAGGAGAGCUUUUAAAAAGAUACUUUGUAAAGGUGAGAAAAAACAAAUUGUUUAAGAACUGCUUCAGCAAUGACUCACAAAUCGUACCAUGUAUUGUGUGUGUGGAUCAUGUAACUGUAAUUAGCUUACACAGAGUUAAUUCAAGGGUUUAUGGUUCAUGAGCCCAAUAGGGAUCAAAUAUACUCUAUCAGAGAAAAUUGUAUUCCAUCAGAGUUUAUUUAACGCAAAGUAUUUUACUAUGUACUGUUUUCCUUCCUAUUUUGCAAGUUUGUUAAUGUGCAUACCAGUGCAAAGUGCACAGUAUUUUUAAAUGUCAUUAAUAUGUAUUGCGAUAUGUAUGUAUACGCCUUUGACAACUGGGGAUAAUCUUUCAUUAGACAAUGACAUCAUGCAUACAUUUUAUACAGUGAUGUAAUUGUUUAAGGCUGUCACCUAGUAUAUUACGCCAGUGAUGAUAAAUAUUCCACAGAUGUGUGGAUAUUGUUAUUUAUAUUCAUGGAUGUAUAACCCUGAUGUUGUCAUUUAUUGCGUGCAAUUUUUCAAAAAGUGUCGGUAUUUUGCCAUGUUUAACAUGAUGUUUUCAUAAACAGCAACACUGAACAGAAAUGUGUGACAUGUAAAUGAUUUAAUAAAUGCCUUUUUCACAUUAACCCCAUCCACUCUGCCCCCUUGUGGUUGAGUCGUCGACGUCUGAAAUUAUUGUUGUUAAUAUUUAUAUCAUACAAAAAAUUGCGAUGUAAUAAAACUACAAAACGACAAUGCUGGAUUGUUAACAAGACUAUCCACUAGGGAGAACAGCAGUUUUGAUUCUUAUCAGCCUCUUAUUUGCAAUUUGCAGGGCAAUAAAACAGCUGGCUCCCCAUGCCACACUUACGGUUUACAACCCUAACCUUGUCACAGACAAUAAAAUGCAUAUUAUAACAAUCCCUGAUACCAUUUAUCUACAUCAAAAAAAUCAUGUUGCAAUAUUAGAAGAAAAAUAUACAAUUAUGAAGUUGCAUUGUUUUUAAAAUUUUAUUCCACGUCCAGCUGACAUAUUUCCGGUUUUGUAGAAAUACAUGUUUGUUUUGCAAAUUAUUCAAUACAGACAUAUUUAUGGAACCAAAUAUCCCACCUGGUUAUGCAGCUACGACUAUUUAAUAUGACAACAAAGUUUAUUUUGUAAUCCAGUCAGCCAUUUUCGAGAAAACUAUGCUUUUGCUGGGACUAUACCUAAGCAAAUGGUAUCUUGAACUACUUGUUAUUGUUGCGUAAAUGCAUUGCUUGGUCAUUCAGUACUGAACUAAUGUAAAACAUGGCAGGCUUCUUGUAUGGGGUUUCCCACCCUUUCCAGUUAGGUAUAAUGUGGCAUAUUCAGGCAACAGAGAGUUUAGCAAUAUCGCUGUGUUUGCAUAGCAGAAUGAAUAUAUAGAAAUGCGUAAUUACAGGAUUUGGCCUUGCUAUAGUUGCACACCUGUAAUUGUACUGGUUAACGGAGCUCUCGUUAACCUAAUUUUUAAAUAAAGUUCAAUUUUAAAUGUGAUGCAGUUUUGCUGGAAAGUGUUAUGUUGAGUAAUCUUUUUUGGACAGCUUUUUGGACUUUGGGCAUGCUUUAUAAAAACAUAGUCUUGUAUAAAACAGAUGAGAAGGUUAAUUAUUUUUGCAUUUCAUGUCAAAAAAAGAGUUUUACGAGACAAAUAAGCCAUUCAUGUGUCUGGCCAAAAUAUAUGCAAAUGUUUUAUAUUUGGAGAGAUUUGGGGACACUUGAGGACAUCUGGGUGAAGUUUUUGGAAAUUUGAAUGCCUGUCGAUAUCCUUACCAUAUUUUGUACACAAGUUGACAUCAAGUUUGUGCACAAAUUAAAAGUAGUUCUGGGUU